AUGGGUGUAGUCCCUUGGUGUUUAUCAGCUCAAAAUUCUCCAAUAGAUUAUCUUAAAGCUCACAACACAGCACGUGCAAAAGUUCGGGUUAAACCACUGAAAUGGGACAAGAGAUUAGAAUUAUAUGCACACCUGCACCUGGGUAAGCAAAUUAAGGAUUGCAUGCCGAUUCGAUCGAAUGGUCCUUUCGGUGAGAACAUGGCGAGUGGUGUUAUAGCAACGGGACCAUUAAGAGAGCUUACCGGAGCACAAGCUGUGAAUGCAUGGGUGGCACAGAAACAACACUACGACGAAAAAUCUAACUCAUGCAUUGGGGGUACUUGUCGUCACUAUAUACAGGUUGUUUGGGGUAACACUACUCAUGUUGGUUGUGCUAGGCUCCAAUGCAACAAUGGAGCCUACAUGGUUUCUUGUAACUAUAGUCCUCCAGAAAAUUUUCCUCGUGAACGACCAUACUAA